AUGAACUUAUCCGCAGAGCUCAUAGAGGUUCAAACAUCUGUCAUUUCAUAUCCAAAUAAUCUUGAUCUUAUAUCAGGACUUGCAUAUCAAGGAGUAGGCAUUGCAUUGAAUUCUGCAAAUGCUAUUUUAGCAAAAAAUUUAAGUACUUUUAUUGAAAGUGAUACAGAACUUGAUGCCACACAAAAGGAAAACCUAAAGAAGCUUCUUAAUUUCGCGCCAAGUUCGAUCAGUGGUUUCACCGUUCCAAAGAUCAAUACCACAAGAAUGCACAGACCUGAGAUCACAAACAGUAUGCCAAUUAAUAUGGCCGUCGCAAUGUUUGCAGCAAUCCCAGUGGUUAUUGCAGCUAUGCCAGAUCUCUCCCUUGUAUUGAAUGACAAAGAAUCACAUAUGAUGACUUUCAUAUAUUUAAUGGGAGCUAGUGAAACAGCAUAUUGGAUUGUCAAUAUUAUAUCCACAUUCAUCAUGUGCUUGAUUCCAUAUAUUGUCCUUGACAUUCUAUUUUCAUCAUGGCUUGCAAUGAAAGGAACAGAUUUCACAAUGCUUCUAGUUUUGUCAAUACUUUUCAUUUUAUCUUACAUUAUGUUCCAGAACUUCUUAUCUACAUUUUUCACAAAGUCCGGAUCUGGUCGAGUUCUCACAGUUGUAUUCCUAAUUCUCAUUAUUUUCUUCGCUUAUCUUAAUGCUGUUUACACAAUGGAGGCAAAGCCUGCUGUCAAGCAUAUUUUCUCCAUAAUUCCAUUUGUUGCAUGGGAACUUGCAAUCUCAACUACUUAUGAGCAAGUAAGAAUUAAUAGGCCACCAGUCAAAUGGGGAGAUGUUUCCAGUGAUAAAUACCAAUAUCCAAUUUGGUAUGCAUUUAUGUGGUUAACUCUCGAUAUAUUCAUAUGGGGCGCCCUUUUCAUAUUAUUUAAUGCAACAAACGAAAGAGGAUUUGGCUCACCAUUAAUUAGAUGGCGUGAUUUAAUAAAAUGCCGGUUACAGGUUUCAUCUGAUGUUGAAUUAGAAAAUAUUGAAGAAGAUGAUGCUAUUAUUACAGUUGAUAAACUUAUUAAAAAUUAUGGAAAGAAAGGUAUCAAUGCUGUUGAUGACGUUUCUUUCAAUGUCAAGAAAGGAGAGAUUAUAGUCAUGAUUGGUCCAAAUGGUGCAGGUAAGUCAUCAAUCAUUAACGUCAUAUCUGGAGCAAUUCCUGCAACAAGUGGAUCGAUGGCUCUUGGUGAUAGUAAACCUUCAACACAAUUCAGUUCAAUCCAAAAUUGCCUUGGAAUUGUUUUCCAAGAAAAUGUAAUAUCCAGGUUAUUAUCAAUCCGUGAACAUUUAGAAAUCUUUGGCAGAAUCAGAGGAAUUGAAGAGAAAGUUUUGCAAGAUAGUAUUGAUUUCUUUGCAGAUAAUCUUCAGCUUAAGGAAAUGUUACCAAAUAGAGCUGGUGAUUUAUCUGGAGGUCAGAAGAGAAAGCUCUGUGUUGCUUUGGCCUUACUUGGUAAUCCACCAAUAAUCAUGAUGGAUGAACCAACAGCAGGUGUUGAUGUCCAAGCAAGACAGCUUAUCUGGAAGUCAAUUUCAAACUUGAAGGAAUCCACGUGCAUUAUCACAACACAUGCAUUAGAAGAAGCUGAAGCUGUUUCUUCACGUAUGUUUGUCGUUUCUGGUGGUAAAUUGCCAUUCAUGGGAACAUCAACUGAACUUAGAAACAAAUUCAAAUGUGGAUACGUUCUAAAAGUCGAAUGUGAACCAGAAAGCAUACCAAAGAUAUUGGAAACUGCAAAGAUGUUUGUUCCAGAAGCAUCAAUUCUUGAAGAAAAGGAAGACUCUAUUGCCUUACCAGUUUCAGGCAAAAUCCCUGAAUUGCUAGCAUACCUUGAUGAUAAUAAGAAUGAUCUUGGCCUCGAAGAUUAUUCAUUCUCUGUUGAACAGCUCGAAGAUGUCCUUAUGAGAAUUAUUUAA